AUGGGGAUGGGUGGGACUUGGGGACAGAUCCAUUGCGGGUCACGGGGACAGCGGUGUACCCUGCGAUGGCCGUGGGGACAGCUGCGACACGGGGAUGGAUGGAACGUGGGGACAGUGGUACCCGGGUGUGCAGGAAUGUGCGGGUGGUGGGACACGGGGACAGCUGUGUCCCGCGGUGUGGGACAGCCACGCCUGAGGGCAGGGGGACGGUGAUGCCCUGAGAUGGCACACUCGGGAUGUGGGGAUGGCUGGGACACGGGGACAGCUGAGACAUGGGGACAGCCACAGUCAGGGGGCUCGAGGUGGCAGGCAUGUGGGGACAGCCAUCCUUGGUGACGUGGGGAAUCAGGACACAGGGACAACUAUGCCCUGGGAAAGUGGAAACUGUUAGGAUAAGGGGACAGCCCCAUUUGGGGACAGGGGGACAAGCAUGUUCCAGACUGCUGUUCACGGGGACAACUGUGACAUGGGGACAUCGCCACUCCUCACUCUCUCUGUCCCCAGACCUCGCGGUGACCCUCAUCCCAUCCCUGCUCCCCCGGCCACCCACGGACCAUGAACGUGCUGGCUCCGGUCCGCAGGGACAGGGUCAUCGCCGACCUGCCCCCGUGUUUUCGGAAGGAGGCCGCCCUGCACACCCGCCCCGCCUUCCACCCCACGGUGGCCAGCGCCUGCCAGGAGCAGCGGACGGGCAUUGUGGGGUUCAAGAUCUCCAAGAUCAUCGUGGUGGGCGACCUCUCGGUGGGGAAGACCUGUCUCAUCAACCGGUUUUGCAAGGACACUUUUGACAAGAACUACAAGGCGACCAUCGGGGUGGAUUUCGAGAUGGAGCGGUUUGAGGUGCUGGGGGUGCCCUUCAGCCUGCAGCUGUGGGACACGGCCGGCCAGGAGCGUUUCAAGUGCAUCGCCUCCACCUACUACCGGGGAGCACAGGCCAUCGUGAUUGUGUUCGAUGUCAAUGACGUGGCAUCCCUGGAGCACACACGGCAGUGGCUGGCUGAUGCCCUGAAGGAGAACGACCCGUCCAAUGUGAUCCUCUUCUUGGUGGGCUCCAAGAAGGAUCUGAGCACACCAGCACAGUACAGCUUGAUGGAGAAGGACGCUCUCAAGGUGGCCCAGGAGAUGCAGGCAGAGUACUGGGCUGUCUCCUCACUCACUGGGGAGAACGUGCGGGAUUUCUUCUUCCGAGUGGCGGCCCUGACCUUUGAGAGCAGCGUGCUGGCCGAGCUGGAGCGCGGCAGCAGCACCCGCAGGAUCGGCGACACCGUGCGGAUCAGCAGCAAGGAGAGCGACCUGUACCUGUCAACGCCCCGCAAGAAACCCAAGUGCUGCCAGUGAGGGGGCAGCCCCAGCCCCCUCCGUGCUCACACCUCUGGACCAAAGAGGGGCGACCCCGGCCGGCCCCGAGGAGCCGUCCCUGCCACCCCCAGCCCCCCCUGGCCCCUCGCCUGCCUGGGCACCCCUGGCUGGGGUGGGCAGGAGCACC